AUGUCUAACAGAAAUUCUAAACACCAGUCGUUUUCUUGGUCACCUAGAACCGAGGUUCUGGAGACCUUCUCCAAUCCUUACGAAGAUGUUAAACGUCAAAGCGUCAUAGAUAAACAACGUAAGGAGUACUUCCAAAGGCACAAUGCCCCCAAGAUUAUCAUCAAUGAUGACCCAGUGAUACCAGAUUAUCCGAUCCAGAAAACAUUCAAAAAAUCCUCCUCACAUAAUAUGAAAAUUGUGGUUGUAGGUGAUGGUGGCUGUGGUAAGACUUGCUUGCUUGUGUCGUACGCACAGGGAAAGUUCCCGGAAAUCUAUGUCCCUACUGUAUUUGAAAAUUAUGUCACUAAUGUCUUGACUCCUGAAGGGAAACUUAUUGAAUUGGCCCUCUGGGAUACCGCUGGCCAGGAGGAAUAUGAUAGGUUAAGACCUUUAUCAUACCCAGACGUGGAUGUCCUUUUGGUAUGCUUUUCGUUGGAAAGUUUGACUUCGUUACAAAACGUCAAAGACACAUGGUUCCCUGAGGUGUCCCACUUCUGCCCUGGAAUUCCUAUUGUUUUGGUUGGAACUAAAUCCGAUCUCCCUACAGACUUGGAUCCCGAUUUACCCAUACAGUUGGCUACGGAGAUCAAUGCAAUCGGGUUUAUUCAGUGUUCUGCUAAAAAGAUGUUUAACAUUAAGACUGUCUUUAAUUUUGCCAUAAAUAAUUAUAUGAGAAAGAGAGAGCAGGAAGAGCAAUUGGAGAGAUCCCUGAAAAAGAGAUUCUCCAAGCACUUGGGUUCUGGGUCUGGAUCUCGGGAUUAUGCCACUCACUCGCGCCAUGCAUCAUCUAACAGUCAAAAGAAGGGCCACUUUAAAAACGCUUCGUAUGACUCAGCUUUGUUGUUGGAUCAACCGUUAGAGGAAGACACCUACGUAAGAAAUCCAUACGGAAACUUUGGGGGAGAGCAAAGUCCUCACCAGCAGCAACCUCAACUGCGUUAUAAUGAAGAGGAACUCGCAUUUACUAGAGAGACUAAGAAGAAGAAAAAGAAGAGAAAAUGUGUGAUUUUGUAA